GAUCUGCUAAAUCCCACCCAUUUGAAACGGAGACCUUAAAAAAAAAAUCACCUCCUCUCACACACAAGCGUUUAACUCCAAAUAAGACCCCAGACGUUCAAAAUUGCGCGCUGGACUGGGCGAUGGAGACGGAAAGUUGUUUGUCUUUCUGUUCUCAGCAAAACAGGACAACCCCAGAUACGCCGCCGGCUCUGGAGCACAGUUCAGGCUCCUUCCACCGGAGCGAAGACCCGCAGAACCCGCCGCUCUAGCCAUUCAGCACCGCCUGAGCGGGCGCCGACCCGAUUCUCAUCCGCGGUGCGACCCUACGGUCGGGAGGGCGGUUUGCUGACAGUCCCGGGGACUUCACGCACAACGUCGGCGCGACCAACCCGAGCGUGUCACCCCACAAACUGCACAGUAAAUACUUGGAAAAUAUCAAUCAAGGACAAAAGGGUUUAUCGAUAAGCGGGAAAGCGUUUUAUGAGAACAAUCCAGAGGGUGCGGAGAAGGGGCUGCCCGAGCCUUUGGGGUUCGCGGCGCGGGACGCGGGGUGCUGCGGGGCGCUGAAGGAGCCGUCGGGCGCCCCUCCGGGGGACUCCGUCGCCGACUCCAUCGACCUGUCGGGCAAGAGCAAGAAGCGGCGGAACCGCACCACCUUCAGCACCGCGCAGCUGGACGAGCUGGAGAAGGUGUUCCAGAAGACGCACUACCCCGACGUCUACGCCCGCGAGCAGCUGGCGCUGCGCACACAGCUCACUGAGGCCCGCGUGCAGGUGUGGUUUCAGAACCGACGGGCCAAGUGGAGGAAGAGGGAGCGCUACGGAAAGAUCCAGGAGGUGCGCAACCACAUCACUGCCACAUACGACAUCUCCAUCCUGCCCCGCUCUGAUACCUACCCCCAGAUGCAGAACAACCUGUGGCCCUGUAGCCCUGCAGCUGGGGCGGGCGGGGGCUGCGUUUUGGCUGCUGACGGGGUGCCCCCCUCCUGCAUGAACCCCUACUCCCAUUCCCAUGGCAACCUCCCAGGCUUCGUUGGCAUGACGCCUCCCAGCCACGCCCACCACCACCACCCGCACCACCACCCGCAUCACUCCGGGAUCAACGGCCUGUACUCCCUGCACGGCUUCUCCGGGGGCCUGGCGCCCCACCCCUUCGAACCCGUGUCCGAAUCCGAGUACAAGCCGUCGGGCCUAGUGGCGCUCCGGAUGAAAGCCAAAGACCCCGGUGGGCUGCUCUCUUGGCCCACAUGACCGGCGAGAUGACCUCUGACCCCCAGUGACUGAGCUAAUCAGCACACAAGCACCCACACACAAACAUAAACAUGUCCAGUCGAAUAAUACCGCCUCCUUCCGCACAUGCACACUUACACAACCACACAUCUGCCCCCCCCCCACUCCUGGAAUACCUUUCCUCAAGAGGAGAAGAGAAAGUCGGAGAAAGACAGGAGGAGGAUGGAGAGACCAAAGACCCAGAUGAAGAGAAGGAUGAAUGGAAGCAGUUACAGAACUUCCAAAAUUUUAUUCCUUUUUUUGGUUUUGCACAGAACUCUGCCUGAGUUUCCCUCCCACCCUAAGUGUAUAAUUUCACUCUGUAGAUCUCCUCUUUGCCCAUGAGUCUGUAUGGACCAAAAGUGCUCAUCAAUCCCAACCAAUAAGCUUUAAGCACAGUACCCACUGCCCCAGCUGGGUGUGUGGAGCCAUUUUGAGUGUUGACUGAGUUACAUUUGAGUUUCUUCCAUGCCUACAGACAUACAGAGACAUGAACCUCACUGUUUUUGGACAUCUAGCGUGGAACAUUUCAAUAUUAAAUUACCAUCAGCGAUUCCUUUGAGGACAUUUGCGUGUGUUAAUGCUAAAGAAUAAGAAAACGCUACUAUUUAAGCCAUUGUAUGAUUGGUAAGAAUGUCCAGCGCAUGUUGUCACUGUGUGCAGUGUACCGUACCGCAGAUGGCGGGGAAUAAAUCUCUUUGAUCUGUACCUGGUGGUGAAAAAUGAACUUAAUUUUGUGAGAAGAAAUUGGGAUCUAGAGCUAGAUGUCAGUGUUGUGUGAGGCUAGUGCACCAUCGGUCUCUGUGUAACUUGGUUGAGUUGAGUCAGUAGAAACAGCAAAGCAACCAGACAUGUAACAGACAC